AAUGUUAUAUUAUAUCUGAUUACUGUGUUAAGUUAUGAUUUUAAUAUUUUAAAAUUAAAUCUCACCUUUCACAGAGACAUGGAUGCAAACCGUGAAUUCUGGGCUGGAUUCAUCGAUCUCUACCAGGCCAAUGAGUGCUUGUGGUGUGUGGGAACAAGGGAUUACGCCAACAGAGGAAAGAAAAAUCUGGCAUACCAGCAACUGGCCAGGUACAGCCUUGCCCAAGAUAGUGGUGCCGACAUCAAGUGGGUGAAGAGGAAGAUCCAGAAUCUGAGGACAGUAUUUCUUAAGGAGCACAGGAAAUACAAAGAUUCCCAACGUUCAGGAGCGGGGUCAGAUCAAGUCAAGAAGCCAACAUUAUGGUAUUAUGACUUGAUGAAGUUCGUAUUGGAUGAGGAGCCUUCGAGGACAGCGCGGAGCACGGAGGAGCCGAACACGCCCGAGAUGUUCGAGCCUGAGGAAGAGGAGAGUGUGGAUCCGCUGUCUUCGAGGGAGCUGGACGUGGAACCUGCAGUGGAUGAGCCGGCAGACCAAGCCACUGUAAGGCCGGAGCUGGAGGAGAGUGAGGCGGUGAUGGGAACACCCCAGCUUCCGGCUAGAAGGAGACGCCGGCCAGCUAUCCCUAGAAGAUCUGUCUCGUCCAGCAGGUCAGAUACAAUUCUGAGGCAGGCAGAGGAGGUCCUAAAAAACAGACCGGAUAGAUUUGAAGCUAUUGGAGACCAUUUAGCCUGUGAGUUGACGGAGAUGAACCCCACACUUCUGAAAAAUACGCCCAGCGUCUGGUAUAUGCCAUUAUAUCACAUGGCCAGGAUGAUGAAUUGACCAACCACAGUGGCGUUGUGUUAGAUACCAGACAGGUGCCUAGUACAUCUUAUGCCCCUCCCCCAACUCACCCUCCCAUGUAUUCUGCGCCGGUAAUUCCUCCUCAACAAUACCCCACAUAUCCUGCUCCGGGUUACCAAAUGCCACAAUCCCCCUUCCCUGGCACCUCUUCAGGUGGAGUGUUCACCACUCUGUUGAGUGCACACUCCACUGUUCAAGGCGACCUACAUUUUUAAUAAAAAUGUUUUUGAAUUUUUGAAUUUGCGUUUAGGUUUGCUGUCUUCAGAUUUAUAUUUGACCUUCCUCAUCCAAUAUGUUUUUUCUUGAAGUCAAUUGUACCAUAAUGUUGGUUUUCUACACUUCAUUUGACCCUGUAAUAGAACGUUGGGAAUGCUUUUAUUUCAUGUGCACUUUUGAAAUACUGUCCUCAGAUUCUUUUACUUCUACUUCAUCCCCAGUUAUGUUGGCACCACUGUUUUUGCUGCACUGUAUCUGGCUAAUUGUUGGAAUGCCUGAUGCCUCUAUUGGUGUAAUCCCUGCUGUCAUGGCACUCAUUGGCACAAAAAUCGAUGAAUCCAGCCCAGAAUGUUUCUAAUUUAUUAUUUUUCUAAAAUUUAUAAUUACAAAUUGUUACUAAAAAUUGUGUGGAGUCUUUAUUUAUGGGUAGUGCUAAAAGGUUUACCAGGUAUACACUGCACCAAACAAACUACAGAGUAGAUAUGCAGUGAUUUAAAAUGGAUGCUGUUAUUUA